AUGGACGCCCACGCCCAAGGCAAUCUGCCCGCCGAAGAUCACUACGCCAGGCCACCCGACUUCUGGGUCGCUUUACUGGAAACACUACCACUGUGUGAUGUGUGCUCGGAGAGUCAUGUGCACCUCCCGGGCGCAACCAGGUGUAUAGAUUGCCUGGAAAACAGCCCUGGCCCUCAACGCCGGAGGGAUAUGUACCGCAUUCUCCACAUAGGUGGAUUUUAUUGUAGCAGCUGCUACAUACGAGAAACGCCCAUUCUUGGGCAUUCUUGCGCUCGCUGUCUUCGUAUGAGGCUAGCGGCAAAGCUUAGACGGAAGCUGAUCGCCCGCCUUGUACCGGCAAGGAGGAAGUUGGCAAUCGUGCGCGAGGUGGCAGAGUCUGUGGGAACUGAAGACAACGCUGUUGUUGCCGUAAAGGAUGCUAUGAGGGCCAUCCUCACUGUACGCAACGUCUUCAAGCUAUUAGAUCGGGCCCAUCAGAUCUUGCGAGAGCUCACGGAGCUUGAUGCGGCAAGGGCAGGCGCCAUCGCGCCGGAUUUCCAUGACGCAGUGGAGGUGUAUCAGGAAGUGUCACGUUUGGCACAGGAUGCCUUCGUUUCCGCUACCGCUGGUUGGAUGGGACAGGAGAACGAGGACCAGCACCAUGCAGAAGCCUUGUCAAACAUCAACAGCUUCGUCCCUCAGAUACUCGCUCAGCACCCAGAGCAGCAUCCAGCUCAGCAGCCAGAGAAGCAUCACGCUCAGCACCCAGGCCAACAUCUCGCUCAGCAGCCAGAGCAGCAUCACGCUCAGCACCCAGGCCAACAUCUCGCUCAGCACCCAGGCCAGCAUCCCGCUCAGCAGCCAGAGCAGCAUCAUAUUCAGGAGCCAGGCCAGCAUCCAGCUCAGCAUCCAGAGCAGCAUCCCAUUCAGCAGAACCCCACUGCUAAUCAACAUGAUGAUCAACACUACCCCCGUGUUCCUCUGGUAGACCAAAACAACCUGUUUGACGAAAUUCAACACGGUCCGGACGAUCUCCUGCCCAACGAUUACAAUAUUCCUCCGCUGGUCGCGCCUGAGGAGGAUAAUGAUGAUGACGAUCCCUAUCCGGACGAUAUCUUGUUGGCCAUCGACCGUUUCGGGCACCAAGAGUACAACCCCGUUCCCCAGACGGACAACUGA